GCGGAUACCACUUCGACUGAUUCAAAUUAAUUUGUCAAUAGUCCAAGAUGGCAAUACAUUUAGUUAUCUUGUUUGUUGUUAUUGGCGUGUUAUAUUUUUCGUAUUUGCUAUUAAAGAACAGAAACUAUUGGAAAAACAGAAAUGUUCCCUUUGCAAAGCCAUUGCCAUUAUUUGGCAACUAUAAAGACUAUAUUCUGUUAAAAAAACACUUAAGUUACGUCGCGAAUGAAAUGUGCCAACAGUUUCCUAAUGAGCCCUACUUUGGAUCUUUUUAUGGGACGAGCCCUGCACUAAUUAUUCAGGACCCGAAUUUAUUAAAACUUGUUAUGUCAAAGGAUUUUUUCUACUGCAGUGGCAAAGAGGCAUCAGAUCACAAUCACAAAGAAACGAUUUCGAGGAAUUUAUUUUUUGCUCACGGUGACGAAUGGAAAGUAUUGCGCAUGAAUUUAACACCACUUUUUUCCUCCGUGAAGUUGAAGAACAUGUUCUAUUUGAUAAAAAAAUCUUCCGAUACGUUGGAGAGCUUGCUGGCCGAAGAAAUAAAAACAAAUCAGACUAUUAACGCCAGGAAAUUACUCUCGAGAUACACGAUAGAAUGCGUUACAGGUUGUGCCUUUGGAUUGUGCGCAGACACGAUGAAAAAGGAUUCACAAAAAAAUCCCUUCAUCACAAUAGGUGACCAAAUAUUUGACACAUCAGAUUACAGAGCUCUUAAAAAUAUCUGCCGAUCGAUGUGGCCGGGAGUGUUUUAUUCGUUAGGAUUUAAACUAUUUGACGACAAAGUUGACAUGUUUUUCAAUAAGCUAAUUUCUGGAGUAUUUAAAAACCGCGAGGAAACAAAAACAUCAAAGCACGACUUCGUGGAUCUCAUUCUGGCUUGGAAAAAACACAACUGCUUAACUGGAGAUAGCCUGAGCAACACAAUAAAUGGCGGCAAAAAGUCAAUGAGCAUCGAGGUCAACGAGGAAUUGCUUAUAGCGCAAUGCGUGCUUUUCUUUGCGGCUGGAUUUGAAACGACGGCGACGUCUAUAAGUUAUCUUCUAUUCGAACUAGCAAAAAACCAGGUUGCUCAGGACAGGAUGAUAGAAGAGGUUGAUGAAUAUUUUGCUAAACAUGAUACAAUUGAGUAUGAAUGUGUAAGCACGAUGCCUUACGCCGAAGCGUGUAUAGAAGAAAGUCUUCGCCUGUACCCGGUGCUAGGUAUUCUAACCAGAGAAGUAAUGCAUGACUACACUCUACCGACAGGUCCCCUUAUGAAAAAGGGUGACCGCAUUCACAUACCCGUAUAUCAUAUUCAGCAUAACCCUAAAUAUUUUCCUGAGCCGGAAGUAUUUCGUCCGGAACGAUUCUUUGGAGAAGAGAAGAAAAACAUCAAGCCAUACACUUACAUGCCUUUCGGCGAAGGACCUAGGACAUGCAUAGGUAUGAGGUUCGCCAAGAUGCCUAUGCACGCAGCACUCCUGACGAUAUUCAAGAGCUACAGAGUGGAGCUUGCCGAAGACAUGCCGCAUAAGAUAACUUUCAACCCGAAAUCUGUCAUUGGCCAGCCCAUAGGCGGUAUCCAUAUAAAAUUUAUUCCAAGGAUAAAAAUAUAACGCACAAAGUAUUAUUGUACACGUAUGUAUUUACCGCUUGACUGAGGCAGCUCGUACGGUUGUAAGAGGGUGACAGGCGCCAGCGACGUUGAAAUCCUUGAUUUUUAACGGAACCCUAUUAUAAGCCUCCAUUAUACGUUCGUCAAUGUCAAUGGACUGCAUCUCAUGAACCGUAAUAGGUGAAUAGAAUGUAUUUCUAUUGCCACUUUAACAACAAAUAAUAAAAAAACCAAGAUGGCGGAUUUCAAAAUGGCCGCCAUUCUAAUAAAAAAAUACAGUGUUAUGAUUGGUACGAUGGUACCUACGUCUCUUCUAUUUUACAAGUCGUCUCAUUAAACUGCCCCCCUAACGGCUAAAAAUGUAUCAAUCAUUAAAGGACAGCAUCAAUGUCAAAACAUGAUAUUUAGUCAAUGGGAUUGGCCAAAAACCAUGUUUUGACAUAUAGGCCCCCUGUAUACCUAUGUAUAUCUAAUUAGUAUAAAGUUUCACUAUUGUAUUUUAUUUUUACCUAUGCAUUAAGUUAUAUAAAUAAAUAAAUUAACUAACA